AUGAAAACUCAAGGACACAAAUCUAUAGGAAGGGCAAUCAGUCUUGAUCGCUUCUCUGCUAGUUUGGUGAGGAGAAAAAGGUCAACUGCAGACAUGUCGUCCAUGCAAGCGGGCCAUACCGAAGGAGGUCUGCGAGAUAAUCCUAGCAUUCGUACCACCACUCAUAGAACGUCCCAUACGGAAUUUCUCAAUUGGGUUACCUACAGUAGAGAUCUUUCUCCCGACACCACCGACGACCAACGCCGAACCUGUCCUGUCUGCGAGAAGGCUUUUAGAGAUCGCCGCAGUAUGCUUCAACAUAUUCCAACCUGUUCCAAGCUGGUGAAUGGAUUCUACAGGUGCAUUUAUUGCAAUGAAAGGGAAAAGAUUGGACGUUAUCAUAUGAAUGGAUGCAUCGAAGUACAUGUCUACCAAAAUUGGUUGAAACGUAUACUAUCAUUCAGAAGUUCAAAGAUCCUGGUCGAUGCUUCGGAAUCGAAUACAUUGGAAGCCGUGGAAACGGAGGUGACUCGAGCACCCUGGGAACGAGUUGAACUUCCAUCUGAGAGUUUGAUUGAGCUGGAUUCAACAAGGUGUGUGCUCGAAUUGGACUCGACUGAAGCGCGUUCUUCAACGGCAGAACUGGACGGUGACGGCCCUACUUUCGGAUCCGAUUACCGAUUAGAUGCAUGGGGUCCUGUUCAUGAUAUGCCCCCUUGGCAAGGAGACUUCACUCCAGAGUACGCACUCAAUAUCUAUGGUGGAUGGGGUCCUAUCCACGAAAUGCCCUCUUGGCAACCACAGGAACUUGCUGGUGACGGCUACGACAUGUCUGACGUUCAACAAAACUCAUCAGACUUGCAUGAAAAUUGCCGGGCUGGUUGCGAUCCCGCGUCCCCGUCAUCUGGUGGCGUGAAUCAAACAAGACCGGAUUAUGACCACCCAAUUAUCGUCAAUGAAAGCGUUAUCGAGCAUUCGAAUGAAGCUAUUUCCGCGCGAUCUGAAGUUCUCAAACCAUCAUUGAAACUAGAUACGAGUAAUUUUGCCAGACAGUCACAAUACCAUCCUCAGGAGGAGAGCUACUUGCCGUUUUGCGUUGAUGGUACUGUCCAGCAUGCGGAAGAAAAUUUCCAUUCUGAUCCAAGAGUUCAGUCCGAGAGUAGCAUAUCGUACACUGAGUUUCCCUCACCACCCACUUCACCAAUUCAACAACAUGAACAUGAUACUCCUGUAUCUCCCAUUGAGUAUAGCCCGAGGUCAUCUUCGGCAUCAAGCUGUUCUCGAUUCUCUUCGCUAUCAUCCUUGUUGAUGGACGAUAGUUCCGUCUCUAGCUUUUCUUCUAGUGAUGUGAUCUUCAAGCACGACAGUUCUGAUAUACGGGUCUUUGAGGACAGAGAGAUGUGUUUCGAGCCGGAAGAUAUGGACUCUUUUGCAACACCUCCCGAUGGACAGCUGUCAACCUCGUAUGAUCAUGGAGAGACCAUGUAUUCCGAAACAGAGACGUCGACUUCAAUGUUGUUGCCCCUGCUAUCGGCGGCUCAAGAUACUACAGUUUAUGGCUUUGAUCUCGAUUCCACUCACAUGAGCGUUCAAGCAGAUACCACGACAAUUGAGUGCUUCAAUACAUCAUUCGAUAGCAUCGAGCUUGAUCGAAUCAUGAACGAACUUACAGAAACUUCCGCAAGACUGUCUCCAGACAUACCGGAAACGGAACUGGCUAGAACAAAUAUGUUCGAUGUUGGGAUUUUCGAUACAAUAUUUCCCCAGGAUACCAUACUGACUGACUCCGUAUCGUCAUCGGAGUCUUCUCCUGCUACUGACAAUCGACAAUCAUCUACACCGCCAUCCAUCGAGUCGUUGUCACCAGAGGAUGAUCAUGGGCAAUCUCCUAGGUCUGAAGGUCGCCGUUCCCUCACUAGAUCUCCGGCCUUUCGAGCAGUAUACAAAUGCACUUACGGAGCUUGUUCAUUUGAACCUACAGGCAAAAAGGCAUACCACAAAAGGACACUUCAGCGGCAUCAAGAGAAAUGCUUCUACUCUCCUCUGCCACGGGAGAAGAAACCAUGCAAAUGUACUUUCCCUGGGUGUAACAAGGGAUUCAGCCGCUCGGAUGGCUUGAAUGCGCAUCGCAAGACGACAGGUCACGGCGUCAAAAUCGAGUUGCAAGUCAUGGAAGGCAAUGAUGACACGCGGGAGGCAAUAGGAUUCCUCUAA